UUUUCCUUACCACAUUCACCAUUGCCUCAAUCACGGGACUCCUCAAUCCUCAUAGCUGAUAAUAGCCAACCAUAUUAUAUAAAGGGGAGAAAAAUCUUUGAGCUCAAUUGAGGAAGAAGACGAGAAGAACAACAAUCUGAUGGGUUCUUCUCAAUCGAUUCCUCAACGGUCCAUCCAUGAAUUCUCAGUUAAGGAUAGCAGAGGUAAGGACGCUGAUCUUAGCGUUUACAGAGGGAAAGUUCUCCUUGUUGUUAAUGUUGCUUCAAAAUGUGGGUUUACGGAGGUCAAUUACACGCAGUUGACAGAGCUCUAUAGUAAAUACAAGGACAAAGGUUUGGAGAUUUUGGCAUUUCCAUGCAAUCAAUUCUUGUAUCAAGAGCCUGGGACAAGCCUUGAGGCAGAGACUUUUGCUUGUACAAGAUACAAGGCUGAGUAUCCAGUUUUCCAAAAGGUUCGCGUUAAUGGUCCAGAUGCAGCACCAGUCUACAAAUUCCUGAAGGCUAGUAAAAGUGGAGGUGCAUUUGGGUCAAGGAUCAAAUGGAACUUCACCAAGUUUCUAGUUGAUAAAGAGGGCCGUGUUAUCAAACGGUAUGCGACUACGACUGCUCCGUUGUCCAUCGAGAAAGACAUCCAGAAAGCAUUGGGAUUAUGAGACUUCACGUACAAGUUGGGUCCACAACGAGUUAGAUACCAGGGGGAAAUGGGAAAUGAGAAAUGUAGAAAGAAGUUGAUGUAUUUACUUGUCCAAAAAUGUUUGGAGUUGUCUUGUGGUAAUCGGUUUGUUAUCAUAAUCACUGGUACUCUUCUCAGACCUCUGCCUCAAAACAUACCUUAGUUUCUUAAGGAUGUUUGAAGCGAUAUCCUCAGCUGUUAAAUGCCAUAGGUCGUACUACAUGUUUUGCAAUUCUUAAUUUGCAACCCUUGUGUGUUGUAAUUUUGUUUAUAUGUGCACAGCUUCCGUUUAUAAGAAUGUAAUGGUUGUAGCAACAAAGAACAAGUUUUUUUUUUGGUGUGA